AUGGACUGUGAAACUCUCCGCCCUACAAAUACAUGGCGAUGCCGGCAGCGAAGCGUCGUUUUGAUUCUCGCCAAAGUCUUCCAGAACACCGCCGGCAAGGUUCCCUCCCUCCCUUUUUUCGAUCCGGCCGUCACGACCAUGUCCAUCACUAGGCUUCCAACCGAAAUCUGCUGCCUGAUCCUCGAUUAUGUCCAGUCCGAGAACGAUAUAAUUCGCCUUGCCCUGACAAAUCGCUUGUUCAGUCAAAUUGCCACUCCCUGUUACUACCGACGAAACGCACGACAACACCCAAAAAGCGGCGGCAUCAUACACAAGGCAGCAGCGCGAGGACGAGUUGACAUUCUCAAAAGAGCAGCCGAUAGUGGCGUUGAUGUGAAAAAUUUUGAGGUAGCUCUGGAGGCUGCUAGGUCUGGCAAGACCAACGUCUUGGACUUUGUCGCUGAAAGUCGCGAGACGCCCCCAUUCACCACUACCGAGUUGAAUGCACUAGUCGUCGCAGCUUCCGGGAGACCCCAAACUGAUUUUUUGCGCCACUUGCUGAAUAAGUUCCGCUCCUCGAUAGGCAUCAGAAGUCUCCGCCUGUGCCUCUUCAGGGCCAUCGCCCACGCUGACAAGCCAUGUGCAGAACUAAUGCUGGACAAUGGCGUGGAAAGCGCCAGCCCUCCCGCGCCCAGGCCAGUGCUGGACGGUGCUUUGGGAAUCGCAGUGUCUUAUCCCUCUCUGGAAAUAUUUGAGAUGCUGCUGGAGCGUGGCGCCAAUCCUGACAGGCCUAUUAUUGUCGAUGCUCCGGGUCGUUUGACAAUACACUAUGCAGCCGAGAGACCCUGCAGCGGGUUUAUGAAAGCGUUGCUGAAGUAUGGCGCAGAUGCUUCUAUCCCAACACUCGAUGGUUCGACUCCCCUCCUACUUGCGAUCCGGGCGUCCUGUCAAGAUACUGCCUGCUUGCUCAUGCGAGAAACAACGAAUCAUGGUGCCAACAUGGAGACCCUGCUUGAAGCGAUAGGUGCUGGGACCGAAGAAAUCGUCAAAUUGCACCUCGAGGCAGGUAUAGGCGUCAUAGCCUCUGGUUCAGAUCCCACCGGAUAUCCUUUGCACGCGGCCGCACAAAUAGAGCGCCUGUGCGCUCCCCUUCUUCUCGAAAGUAGGGUGGCUAUCCUCGAAGCCCUCAUCGUUAGCAGCGGGGAUGUCAACCAGCGCAAUCAUGUCGGCGAUUCGCCGUUACAUGCUGCUGUCCAGGCGGAAAGUAGAAAAGGGGCGGAUGUGCUUCUGCGACAUGGAGCAGACGUCAAUAGGUUGGGAAGCAAAGGAAUGUCACCACUGCAUAUUGCGGCUCUACGCGGCCUUGGAGAGAUAGCCGUGGCGCUCAUCAAGUACGGCGCCAACAUCACGCUGGAGAGCCAGCACGUCAAAGUCACUGCUCUGCACCUAGCCUGCGCGACUGGAGGUACAAUCAUCGCAGAGGAGCUUCUGCGGUUCCCGGAGAACAAGGUCGAUGCUCAAGACCUGACUGGCAGGACGGCGCUGUUCGUCGCUGCCAGAGAGGGGGAUGACGAGCUUGUCCAGAGGUUGCUGUCUCGCGGCGCAAACCCUCGCAUCGGCAGCUACUCGGGCGCAACGCCCAUUUCUGCUGCGGUUAGACUUGGACAUGUCAAGGUAGUCGAAGCCCUCCUCCGUGCUGACCCGGGAUUGAUUGAUACUACGGACGAGGUCUACGCAAGCCGCACCCUCUUUGAAUGCGCUCAACUAUCGGACCAGCCAUACGUCUCCCGUUUGCUGGAGCGAUUUGCUACCAACCGAGACCCCUCGGAACCCCCCGUGGGUGCCCUGGAAUUCGUCCCUGCCGAUCACGAAUACGUGUUGGCCGGGAAGAGGGUGUCUGGCGCGCCAAUUUUGCGCCACUGUGACGUCUGCGCCAGUCGAGUGCGCAUAAGUGCUGUAACGAGAUGCAGCUCGUGCUGCGGAGGCAACUUUCUCAUGUGCGGCGAGUGCUCCUCACGUGCAGGCUGCCUCGACGCGUCGCAUCGGUCCGUACCCGACAUUAGGGAGCGGCAGCCUCCUUUACUGCCAAUCACCCCAGAAGAGAUGGGCUAUCCUCUGCCCAUCUAG